AUGCAGGAUCUGAAACUCAGGCUGUGGGAGAGCGGCCAGAGCAGCAGGAAGAUCCCCUCUGUCCUGCAGGAGGCCUCUCUCCGCUUCACUCUGCAGGGCUCGGGCGCCGAGGGGCUGGCCAAGCAGGAGAACUUCAUCCUGGGAAGCUGUGGCACAGACCAAGUGAAGGGCGUGCUGACUCUGCAAGGGGAUGCCCUCAGCCAGGCGGACGUGAACCUGAAGAUGCCCCGGAACAACCAGCUGCUGCACUUUGCCUUCCGGGAGGACAAGCAGUGGAAGCUGCAGCAGAUCCAGGAUGCCAGGAACCACGUGAGCCAAGCCAUUUACCUCCUUACCAACCGGGAUGAGGGCUACCAGUUCAAGACAGGAGCCGAGGUCCUCAAGCUGAUGGAUGCUGUGAUGCUGCAGUUGACCAGAGCUCGCAACCGGCUCACCACCCCGGCUACCCUCACCCUGUCCGAGAUUGCGGCCAGCGGCCUCACGAGGAUGUUUGCCCCCGCCCUGCCCUCCGACCUGCUGGUCAAUGUCUACAUCAACCUCAACAAGCUCUGCCUCACAGUGUACCAGCUGCAUGCCCUGCAGCCCAAUUCCACCAAGAACUUCCGCCCAGCUGGAGGCGCCGUACUCCACAGCCCUGGGGCCAUGUUUGAGUGGGGCUCCCAGCGCCUGGAAGUGAGUCACGUGCACAAGGUGGAAUGUGUGAUCCCUUGGCUCAAUGAUGCCCUCGUCUACUUCACUGUCUCCCUGCAGCUCUGCCAGCAGCUCAAGGAUAAGAUCUCCGUGUUCUCCAGCUACUGGAGCUACAGACCCUUCUGAGUGCAGCGCCCCAGGAGCCUGUCCUCUGGGAAGUGGCCCCUGCCCAGGAGUCCUUGUCCCCCACAUAUGCCCAUCCCACAGUGCCGGCCAGAGCACUAUUUAUCUCCCUCUCCACCCCGCCCUGGAUGACACAUCUGCAUCGAUGGGAAUGAACGCUGGAAGUGCUGGGAGGAAGGGAUGCUGGUUUGGUGUUUUGGGGCCCUCCUGGGAUCCACAGGAACCUUCAGACUCAGGGUGGGGCCAGGCCCAGGGCUCUCCUUCCUCUCCCCCUUCCCUGCCCCCAGGAUGGUGAGUGCCUGGCUGGAGAGUAAGGGGUGGGCUUCGGCACUAAGCCUGAGUUGGGAGGAGGGAGGACAAGCUGGGCAGAGGGAGCCGCCCCCUUCAGUGAGCCGCAGAGCCGGUUGUCUGUGUGCUCUGCAACCCCCUAGGGCCUCUAAAACAUAAAGAUCAUCAGACUUUGCCUGGA